UUCCAAAUCCCUCUGUCGCUCCGCGGAGCGUUCUGUAGUGACGUGACGGGGUCGGCUGCCGAGGUCCGUCCGAUGUCGGUAGGCCUCAGCUCCGCCGCGCGCUCUCUUUCAGACCUGGCCGAGAUGCUGCGGGCGCUGGGUUAUCCCCGCCUCGUCUCCAUGGAAAACUUCCACGGGCCGAACUUCGCGCUGGUGGCCGAGCUGCUGCUGUGGCUGGUGAGGAGGUAUGAACCUCAGUCUGACAUUCCCCCUGAUGUUGAGACAGAACAAGACCGGGUUUUCUUCAUUAAGGCUGUAGCUCAGUUCAUGGCUACCAAGGCCCACAUAAAGCUCAACACCAAGAAGCUGUACCAGGCAGAUGGCUAUGCAGUGAGAGAGCUGCUGAAGGUCACCUCUGUGCUGUACGGUGCCAUGAACACGGAGGGAGUGGAGUGCACAGACAUCACUGAAGAAGACAGCAGCAAAUUCAAGUUUGAUCUUGGCUCAAAAAUUGCUGACUUGAAGGCAGCUAGACAGCUUGCUUCUGAAAUCACCUCCAAAGGAGCAAGUCUGUACGACUUACUUGGUAAAGAGGUAGAGCUGAGGGAAGCAAGAACAGAAUCUAUUGCCAGACCUUUGGAGAUAAACGAAGCUGAGAAGAUGAUGAAAGUUGCCAUUGAAUGUGUGCUGGAAGAGGUCCAAAAGACUAAGGACAUGUUGAGUAAUGUGGCUUUGGACGAAGCCAAUUUGGAAGCCAAGAUUGAAAAAAGGAAAUUGGAGCUGGAAAGAAGCCAGAAGAGGCUGCAGACCCUGCAGAGCGUUCGUCCUGCCUUUAUGGAUGAAUAUGAGAAGAUUGAAGAGCAACUGCAGAAGCAAUACACCAGCUACCUAGAAAAAUUCCAUAACCUAACCUACCUGGAGCAGCUCCUGGACGAUCAACGUCGGUCUGAGCAGGAGAUGUUUGAGGAAGCAGCAAACAUGCUGCGUCUGAUGCAGAACAGGCUGAAGGAGGAGGAACAACGCCUGCUUAAGAGUGGAAGUAAUGAUGAUUCUGACGUGGAGAUCCAGGAUAAUGAAGGCUCUGACAGUGAAGUGGAGAACAGGCAGCUCAGGAAGCAGCACAUGGCCUUGGAGAUGCUAGUGCCAGGAAGAGCUGGUGCCCGGAUCGUGGGAACAAUGCAGGGUGGAGACACAGAGGAAGAUGAGGAGUCGGGGGAUAGUGAGAUUGACCUGGAUGAUGACGAAGAUGAGGAGGAGGAUGUGGAAGAUGACAGCAUGGAAAUCUCCCCGAGCAAAUCCAGCCACCGAGCAAAGAAGCCAGAGCCUCUGGAGGAAAGCGAUAAUGACUUCUGACCCUUCAGCAGCAGGACCAGGAGGCACCUUGAAAUGCUUUGGAGGGCACGUGGGCCAGGAAUUAAUAGCACCCUGCCACCUGAAAAGUGCUCGUCAGCAUCAGUUCAGGAGUUGGUAAAUAAUGUUCAUUAAACUUGAAAAUUAAACUUGGAUUGCCAGUCUUGUGACUGCGAAGUAUGAGCAGUUUAUCCAUAAUGAGAAUCACAGUAAUGUGGAGUGCUGUUAUUUCCAUAAUUGCAUUAGGACUGGCCCUCAUGCACUGCAGUGCCAGAAGUCUCACUCCAGUGAGCAUCGUGUGCUUGAUUUCCCUGCACUUUAUUAUAACCAAACAGAUUUUUUUUUUGCCUUAAUAAAGCUGGAUAAAAGCU